UUCGUCUACCUUUGCUCUACCUUUUAAAAUCGUUGCUAAAAGCACUUUUACCGCGUAAAAUCGCUGUAAAAAGAGGGAAAAUGUUCACAGUUCCGUUCUAUUCCAUGCACUAGACCAACAAACUGCCCUCUGGUCGAGGUUCCCGUUGGAAUGGUAAGCCAGGAAAGUGCAAAACGCAGCCCUCAGUGCAAAACCAGACCCCCUCCGGGAUCAAAACAAAGUCGCGAAAAUAGCAAACCGUGAUUGAAAUCGGAACCCGCGGCAGCGAGAAGCUUCCCCACAAAUGGCCGAACCAAGGAUAAUGGUCUUCCGGCCAACGUGGGACGAGUUUCAGGACUUUUCCGCGUACAUCGACUACAUGGAAUCGAAAGGAGCACACAAAGCUGGGCUGGUGAAGGUCGUACCGCCACCGGAAUGGGUCCCGCGCAAACAGGGAUACGAUGUGAAGGACAUCAACAUCACCAUCCGCACGCCCAUCUCACAGGUCGUAUCGGGCCGGCAGGGCAUUUACCAGCAGCUGAACAUCCAGAAACGGUCGCUCACGGUGCAGGAGUUUUACGAGAAGGCAAAACAGGAGCGCCACUGCACACCGAAACACUUUGACUACGCGGACAUAGAGAAGAAGUUCUGGAAGAAUAUCACGUACGUUGCCCCGAUCUACGGUGCGGACGUACCCGGCAGCAUCACCGAUCCGGAUGUGAAGGUGUGGAACAUCAACUGUCUCGGCACGAUCCUGGACUACGUGAACAUGGACUACAACAUAUCGAUCGCCGGUGUUAACACGGCCUACCUGUACUUUGGAAUGUGGAAGACGACCUUUGCCUGGCACACGGAGGACAUGGAUCUGUACUCCAUUAACUAUCUGCACUUUGGGGCACCGAAAACGUGGUACGCCAUCCCGCCCGAGCACGGUCGAAAGCUGGAGAAGCUUGCGGAACGAUACUUUCCCGCCAACUAUCAGGAUUGCAAGGCUUUCCUGCGCCACAAGAUGACCCUCAUCAGCACGCAGGUGCUGAAGACGAAUGGGAUUCCGUUCAACAAAAUCACCCAAGAACCCGGCGAGAUCAUGAUCACGUUUCCGUACGGAUACCAUGCGGGCUUCAACCACGGUUUCAACUGCGCCGAAUCGACAAACUUCGCGACGGAACGUUGGAUCGAGUAUGGGAAGCGAGCGUCCGUUUGCUGCUGCCAGCCGGAUAUGGUAAAGAUUUCGAUGGAAACUUUCGUGCGUCGCUUUCAACCGGAACGGUACGAACGGUGGCUACGCGGGGAAGACUUUGGAUACCAUCCGGAGGAUCCAACGAAUUACUACGCCGCACCGAAACCAAUGUUGCCGAAAAAUUUCAAAAGCAAAUGCCUGGAGCCGACCUGCAGUAUUCCCCAGAAGCGCGGCUGUGCACCGGUGAAGAUCGUGAAGAAGAAAAGCACAAAGAAGACUGGUGGUGAGAAGGCCAAAGAUAGACUGAAAUCCGUCUGGAGCAAGCUGGAAGGCCGGGAGUGCGGUAUCGCUACCGACCUACUGAUCGAUGGGCCCGUGCAAAACACUAACAAGAUACGGUUUCACACCCGGACGAUCGAGCUACUGACGGAUACUCCCGUGUGUAACGGUGGAGCAGUCGGUUAGACGGGAGUAAGAUACAGGAGCAAGCGGGCAACCGUUCACCCUUUGUGCUGAACUUUGAGCAAUCAACUAGAUCCAGUCCCUCCCGGCGAUCACCGGAUCACCGGUGUAGACGAAUUCGCUCUAAGGCAUAGCGGAAGAGCAGAAGCGGUUAGUUAGUAAAUGAUAUUGUUAGUCCAUUUUCGUUGUGUGUAGGCCAUCGAGGGUCCCCUUCCCCGAGGUUUUUGUUUGAGUAUUUGUUCGCUGUUCGAGCGCAAGCUAACGCUGAUCUCACACCCCCACUAUGGGACACUCUCGGGCUAGAAGAUUGUGAUUGGCUUGACAAAUGAGAGCGUGCGGUAUUAACGGAGGUUUUGUAUUUUUCGUGUUUCGUCUGCCCGCGAUAGGACGCGACAUAGCAAACAUUUUGAGACCGAGCAUCUGUGUGCGUGUAUUAGGGAUAGUAAGAGUGAACCGCAUGUUGUUUAAAUUAUCCUUUAUUUUUACGGUAUGUGACUUGAUUUAGGGAAAUACUCUGACCAGCCACCUGGCAUAAAUAUAUUCGUAAUUUGUUCACUAUCA